GAAAGAAAAUCUCUCAGUUUCAAACAGCGAUUCCCCUUCCAGAAGAUGAUUGUUGGGAGGAUGUGGAAGAUGAGGAAGUAGAAUGGUACACAUCAGACCAGACUAUCAUUAAAAACAAUGAAAAGAUAUUGGAGUGGAAACGACAACAUCAAGAAAGAAAUCAAGAAAGCAGGGGAGGAUGUAAAACCUGGAAGGAGGCUACUGUAAGAGACCUUUAUAAUGAACUUGAAUAUGUCUCAAGGAUGGAUCCAAGAAAAAGAAAUGAAUACUUUACAACAAACGGGUGGAAAUUUGAUUUAAACUCGAAAACCCAAUGA